AUUCUUUACCAACCGGACAGCGCCAUCACUCAAGACUGCAUUAAGGCUACAUCCAUCUUUCUCUUAAGCUAGUACACCGGUAGUCUUAUUUUCUCACAAUGCCUUUCUCUGAAUUGUAUUUUAAUGUGGAUAAUGGUUAUCUGGAGGGGCUGGUGAGAGGUUUUAAGGCUGGUAUUUUAUCUCAGGCGGAUUAUUUGAAUCUCGUUCAGUGUGAAACUCUGGAAGACCUGAAGCUUCACUUGCAGAGCACGGACUAUGGAAGCUUCCUGGCCAAUGAAGCCUCUCCCCUCACUGUCUCCGUCAUUGAUGACAAGCUGAAAGAGAAGAUGGUGGUUGAGUUCCGGCAUAUGAGGAACCAGUCCUAUGAGCCUCUGGCCAGCUUCAUGGAUUUCAUCACAUACAGCUAUAUGAUUGACAACGUCAUCCUUUUGAUCACUGGAACUCUCCAUCAGCGGGCCAUUUCAGAGCUGGUGCCCAAGUGCCAUCCACUUGGCAGCUUUGAACAGAUGGAGGCCGUUAACAUCGCCCAAACUCCAGCAGAGCUCUAUAAUGCCAUCCUGGUGGAUACACCUCUUGCUGCUUUCUUUCAGGACUGCAUCUCUGAGCAGGAUUUGGAUGAGAUGAACAUUGAAAUCAUUCGCAACACUCUUUACAAGGCUUAUCUAGAAGCUUUCUACAAGUUCUGCACUUCACUGGGUGGCACGACCGCAGAUACCAUGUGCCCAAUUCUGGAGUUUGAGGCAGACAGAAGAGCUUUCAUCAUUACCAUUAACUCCUUUGGUACGGAGCUCUCCAAAGAAGACCGAGCUAAACUCUUCCCACACUGUGGCAAGCUCUACCCAGAGGGUCUUGCACAGCUAGCCCGCGCAGAUGAUUACGAGCAGGUCAAAGCUGUGGCUGAAUACUACCCUGAAUACAAGCUUCUCUUUGAGGGUGCUGGUAGCAACCCAGGAGACAAAACCCUUGAGGAUCGCUUUUUUGAACAUGAGGUGAAACUCAAUAAGCUGGCCUUCCUGAAUCAGUUUCAUUUCAGCGUGUUCUAUGCCUACGUCAAGUUGAAGGAGCAAGAGUGCCGAAACAUUGUGUGGAUUGCCGAGUGUAUUGCCCAAAGGCAUCGGGCUAAGAUUGACAACUACAUCCCCAUAUUCUAAUG